AGCCUUAAUAAUAAGCUUCUGUUGUUUUAGAUGAAUUAAAUUGCAUUUAAUAAAUAGUAAUAUUUAGCUAGAACAGUGUAAUACAUACAAUCCGUUUAUAGAAAUAUAGCUUUUUUUUUCUUGUUAAGUAACUUAUUUUAUCGUCAAUGAAGUAUUCUAUUAGGGUGUGAAAUCUGAGUGACUAGAGAAGAUUUAAGAGGCCAAUAUCAACAGUCGUCAAUGCGAAGCGGAGCGUUAGUUGCAAUGGAGGCGGAGCCCGACCUCAGUACCUUCGAGAACAAGUCAGGACUUGCUGAGGAUAUGAAGUUCCUUGCAUCAAUGCCUGAACUCUGCGAUGUCACGUUUCUUGUAGGUGACACGAGGGAGCCGGUAUGUGCUGUCAAAGCUGUUCUGGCAGCUAGAAGUAGAGUAUUUCAAAAAAUGCUUUAUCAAGCACCAAGUCCUCAAAGAAAGAAGGAACCGGCACCCAGGGAAAACAAACUACGGCUGUUCUUGAAACGAUCAUCAGAGCCUCUCUUGAACCUUCAAAAUGCUGCCCAACAGCCUUCAUCACAACAGCAUCAGACGUUAAUCAUUGAAGAAUUCGAACCGGAUGUAUUUCGUCAGCUGAUUGAAUACAUCCACACGGGUUGCGUCACUUUACAGCCAAGAACGCUUCUGGGUGUAAUGAACGCUGCUGAUUACUAUGGACUGGACGAAUUAAGACGAGCUUGCGCUGGUUUCGUUCAAUGCUGCAUAACCGUGGAUACAGUUUGCGCCUUACUAGCCUCCGCAGAAAGAUACAUACAAUACAAAUGUACCAAAUCCUUGGUUCAGAAGGUUCUGGAGUUCGUAGACGAACACGGUAACGAUGUUCUGAAUUUGGGCUCAUUCACUCUGCUGCCGCAGCACGUUGUCAGGUUAAUAUUAGCAAGAGAUGAGCUCCGAGCAGACGAAUUUACCAAAUUUCAGGCGGCUUUGAUGUGGAGCAAAAAAUACUGUGAUACAAAUCCGAACAUGAAUUUAAAGGAUGUGAUUGGAAAUUUUCUGGAAUAUAUCCAGUUUCAUAAGAUUCCAGCGAAUGUCUUGAUGAGGGAAGUUCAUCCACUCGGUUUGGUGCCGUAUUCCAUCAUCAUGAAUGCUUUGGCUUAUCAGGCAGACCCGGCCAGCGUAGAUCCAGGCAAGCUAUCACCGGCGCGAAUCCGGCGCGCCGGCCGCUCCAUGUCAGUGCAGUCCUCGCUGGACCCCUACGGCUCCAACACCACCCUGUCCUCUACCGGAUCGAGCGAUGGACCGUCAUCUGACUCUCGGCACAACUAACGCGAGGGGAACGUCCCCCGUCCCGCGCCUGAUCCCGUCCCCGGACCCUCCACUGCACCUACCGCACCUAUACCAGAUAAGCCUCCUGAGAAACUUGGACUCUUUUCCUCAAUAAAGCGUGCUGCGAGUAAAAAAUUCGGUGACCGUCGUUCUCCAACUCCUAAAACGCGAGAACCGCGAUCGAAGUCGGAUUCUAUAAAACAUGCAGCUCUGACGAGACAGAUUUCUGAGACGGUGGCAGCGUCGGGAGAUCCAACUUUUGAACGUUGUACACCAAGGAAGCGCGACAGUGAAACAGAAUUUCCAGUCAGAAAGUCGGCUUCAGAAAUAUCUGAAAGUUUUCCAUUCGUUAGAAGAGCGCUUGCUGAAAUUGAAAAUGGACUUAAUUAUUUUAGAAGAUCUAUAACUUCAGAUGCAACUGAGCCCAAAAUAACAGUGCAAAAAGCUGAUCAAAUGAACACAACAGUAGUAGUUGUGCCAGCAGCUGAAGAUGAUCGUCCAGCAUCUCCUCCACCACCAAUGACUUUAAAAGAAAGGCGUGGUUCUAGAGGUUCACCAUGUGCUAAUCUUCCGCCUCUUAUGAUACCAUCUAUAACACCAGAACCAUCUCCUGGCCGCUUAUCACCGAGUCGGAUUUCACCUCAACGACCAAAGGAACCAGCUUCAGCACCUGUAAUAGGCAAUCCGCCAAGGAGAUCCCGAACGCGAUCUGAAAUGCCUCCGGAUCCACCACCACGUUCACCUGAGACUCCACGUCCAGCAUCUGUGUCUCCUAAGCAUACGUUCGCAUUCAAAAUUGUUUUAAAAAAAGUAGAAAGUACGCCAAAUACAUCAUUCGAUCGACCAGAACAAUGAGAGUACCUCCUCUAAGCGCGCCGCUGUUCGGUGGUGGAGUACUCGAGGUUAUAACGCGCUUUUCUCCUUUUUCUAGUAAAAGCUAGCAUAGAUUAGCUAGGCAUGGAUAAAAUAUCCAAGAAUAAAUAAUUUCUAAAAUCUAGAUGGCUGUUAAAAUCGACUUUCUAUUCUUAUGAAAUUAAGGGGCGGGCCCUUUUGUAUAUUGAUGUUCUAGUUGGAAUGAUAAAAUGUGUUAAUUGUAAUCAAUGUCUUUAUUUCGUAAUUAAUACUUCCGAAUAUAGAGUUAAUUUAAAGAUUUCUAGUGUUUAUGCUCAAUAAUUUGAAUUCGAAAUCAUAUCAUGAAAUUCAUAAUUGCGUUAAGCUUUAUUAGAAUUGAAUAAUAAUAGAGAGAAUUUCUAUUACUUUAAAUGGUUGGUGUUGUUAGGGAUAAGUAUUUUUUUUUUCUAUUCUAUCUAAUAGUAAAGUAAAUUGAUUAAAAUGUUUUAAAUGUGCCUGUUCUCACUUUUUUCUAUUCCCAUCACAAGACUUGCCCUAACACUAAAUCUUCUUAGUCAUAUAAUGUAAUUUUAUACAAUCAUAAACUAAUCAUUAAUUGGUAUCAAGUGUAUUUUUGAUGUUAUACAAGUGUCUGAUGUUAAAAUAUUUUUAUAAGCUGUAUAUAAAUGAAUGUUUGAACUUCUAAUAUAGUACGAUUAUAAUUACGUAA